AUGGGAGGCGGGCAUCGCGGCAGCUCCCGCCGCCGCAGCCCCAGUCUGCUAUUUCGGCAGCGCUCUCUGCUGCUGCUGCUCCUGCAUCCCUUUCUCCUUUCUCGUAUGGCGACGGCUUCUGAUGCUAGUGCUCUCGAGCAGGCUGCAAACCACAGCGUCCCUGCCCACAGCAGCAGUAGAAGUACCUACGACGGCGACGGCAGCAGCAGCUACAGGAACAGCAACAACAGCAGCAACAUAAGCAACAGCAGCAGCAGCAGCAGCAGCAACAGCGGCAGCAGCAGCAACGUGCUGUUACGCGACUUUUCCGAGCAGCUGAGCACAAUUUUGCGUCCCCUCAAGCCAAAUGCAGAACCCACCGUAUUUCCACCUCUCUCUGUACAAGAGAAGGCGCAUCGGCAUGACAGCAUGGACUGGGCAUUGUUUUGCCUCACUUUGACUGAUGCUGAAAUCAAAGACAAGAUUGGAGUAGUUCGACAGAUAAUACCGCUUGUUGCUGCACAGAAUGGCAUGCGGGAAAGUGACGUGUUGGUGUGUUUAUUUCACCACAUGUGGGCUGGCUGUUACAGCUCUGCGUUGUCUUUGCCUGCCUCUGCCUCCUUGUCUUCUCUCUCGCGCGAGCAAGUGCAACAGCUGAUUCAGCAUAACAAUGAGCCCUUCAGGUUUAAGGAGCAGACAUUGGAGGAAAUCGACAAGAUGAUCAAGCUGUUUGCGACAUGA